UUCACUGAGCACUGGCGCGGGGGCUGUAGAGGAUCCUUUGAGUGCCAGAGUUUUCUGAAAGCCAUCAACCCUUGUAGAAGGAUGGAGACGCUGAAGGAUAAGACCCUGCAGGAGCUGGAGGAAAUGCAGAAUGACCAGGAGGUGAUCGAGCGGCUUGCCCUGGAGUCCCCUGAGGUCCAAGACCUGCAGCUGGAGCGGGAGAUGGCACUGGCCACCAACCGGAGCCUGGCCGAGCAGAACCUGGAGUUCCAGGGCCCCCUGGAGAUCAGCCGCUCCAACCUCUCUGACAAAUAUCAGGAGCUGCGGAAGCUCGUGGAGCGGUGCCAGGAGCAGAAGGCCAAGCUGGAGAAAUUCUCCUCGGCACUGCAGCCGGGAACCUUGCUGGACCUUCUGCAGAUCGAAGGCAUGAAGAUCGAGGAGGAGUCUGAGGCCAUGGCGGAGAAGUUCCUGGAGGGCGAGGUGCCCUUGGAGACAUUUCUGGAGGCCUUCUCCUCUAUGCGGAUGCUGUCCCACCUGCGCCGGGUCCGCGUAGAGAAGCUCCAGGACGUGGUGAGGAGGCCCCGGGCACCCCCGGAGCCCGCCCGCGAUGCGCCACCCCCGGCCACGCCCCCCGUGGCAGAGGAGCAGCCCCCGCAGCCGGUCGCUGUGCCGCCCUACCCUUUGCCCUACAGCCCGUCCCCCAACCUGCCCACAGGCCCCACAGCGCAGGGAGCCCUGCGGCCAGCCCCGUUCCCCGUGGUGGCCCAGCCCUCCUCCUACGGCGGGCCUCUGGGUCCCCCUUAUCCGUCAGCCCAGCCGGGACCCAGGACUAGUGCAGGCUUCUCCUGGUCCCCACAGAGGAGCCUACCGCCUAGGCCUGGCUAUCCCGUGGCCCCGACGAGCGCCUCUGGGCCUGGGUACCCCCUGGGGGGCCGGGCCUCCAGUCCUGGUUAUCCCCAGCAAUCCCCUUACCUCUCACCAGGAGCAAAGCCUCCCUACCCAACGCAGCCCCAGCUCCCAGGCUUCCCAGGACCUCCUCAGCCCUCGCUGCCCCCUCAGCCUCCAUAUCCUCCCGGACCCGCACCCCCCUAUGGCUUCCCACCACCCCCGGGGCCUGCCUGGCCUGGGUAUUAGCCCUGGUCCUGGCCCCUCCACAUCCCGCCUGUGUCACAGCCUCUGGCCCACCAUCGCCGAGAUUCGAGGUCCCACUGGAAGUGGCGUCCGUGCUCCCGGUGGACUGGGUAGGCGCACGGAGGCCUCAGAGCACCCGUCUGGGAGCAUGCAGGCUCUGAAAGGCACCGGGCAGUGUGACCGGCCGGCUGUGGCAGACGAUCUGGCUGGCCUUUGUCCUGGGAGCUCCACCGCUCUGAGACUCUGAUUGUUACUCUUCCUGCGCUCGGUUCUCUGGUGACUGUGUGAGCGUGUGCAGGUCACAUCUACUUGUGCCUGCUCCCAAGGACGUCUGACCCCAGUGCACCGUGCACUUGGUGACAAAGUGGCCCUGGGUCUCUGGCCCCGCCUACCCCCACCUCUGCCUGGGGGUUUGGCAUACUGGAUGUGGAGCCCGUGCCGCGUGCUGCAACGCCUCGUGUCUGUCCUGUUGGGCAGCGUGCCCCGGAACCCUAGCUAGGACUGGGUGGAAGGGCGCAGGGGAGCAACUUGUCUUGAAGUCCUAUAAAGCCAUAACUAACUGUGAUCGGCCGGCAGACAGGUGUGUCCUGUGAACUAGUUUGAGUGACAGCGACACCAGUUCAGUGAGAGGGCUGGGGAGGGUGAAGGUUGACACCCAGGAAUCCAGGGGUCACCUCCCAGCCACCUCUGUCCUCUGCCCUCCACUUCUGGUUGGCUUUUUCCAGCGGCUCAGCCGUCCAUCCACUCCUUUAGUGCCUUGAAUCUCAUCUGCAAGCAGCCCCCUGUGCCCUUUACCCCUCACAGAAUUCCCCCGUAACCCCAAUGUCCCUGCAAGACGGACGUCACGAGACGCCCUCGGGGUGACUUCCCACCUGGUGCUUUCCAAACACCAUCACUGCGGGGGGGGUGUGUGUGUGGGGGGGAGGGGUUGGUGUCUCUGUACCUCGUCGUCAUCGUCGUCUGGAUGUGAAGGACAGGGACUGAGACUGUGUGUCCGGCAGCCCCAGCACCCUGGGGGCCGCAGCAUGGUCAGCAAUAAAUAUGGCCUCAUGGACCAGAGGGGCUGCGAAGGAUGAGGCGUUCACUGGGUUGUUCCCAAGCGAACCGGGUCUCCGGCAGACCACAGAGCUGCUACAGAUUAGGAAGUCGUAUGUGCCUUGAAACGGCCAUCGCCCGAGGACCCAGCCUCUGGUGGGCCUGGGGCUGCUGGGGCCAAGGAGGAACCCGACCUCCCGGUGCCUGCCCCUGCUGGCCGGCUCGCCGGGCGGUGUGCAUGAUGCUAGCCGAGCGCUGCCCGCUCCUCACCAACUGUGCUUGCUUCUACGUUAUUUAUAAAAAACUCGCUCCUGGAGUCUGUGUGCGAGUGCUUUUGAAGCGGAUGGACGAGUGCUCGCCUGUAUGUUUGUGUAUAAUUGCCGUAAUAAACUUGGAUGAGUUACACGUCA